CUUUCUUGAUUUUAUGAGAUUCAAUAUCCACCCUUUAAUCUGUCAGUUCACCAGCUAACCUCUGUACAUCAUAAAAGAACCAACAACUCUGAAGGAUAGUUCAGAUCCCUAAUCCAGCUAUCUGGGAAAGUUCUGCUCCCAACAAGAUGUGGCUGCUUUUGCUGGUUCUGUGCUACAUACUGGCUUUUACAAUUCAGGGGUCACAGUCCUCAGCACCUGUAGUGGAUACCAAAUAUGGAAAAAUCCAAGGCAAACAAGUGAUACUUCAACAAUUUGGCAAAACUGUCAAUGUUUUCCUAGGAGUCCCCUUUGCCAAAGCUCCUCUUGGACCUCUCAGGUUUGCUCCACCUCAGCCCCCUGAAACCUGGGACUAUGUGAAGAAUACUACUACAUACCCACCCAUGUGUGCCCAGAAACCAAUUGAAAGGGAGAUCUCUAAAACCGUCACCAAUCAUAGUGAAAUCAUUUCCUUGAAAAAUUCUGAAGACUGUUUGUACCUGAACAUUUAUACCUCAGCUGACCUGGCAACAAAGACUAAGUUACCUGUGAUGGUAUGGAUCCAUGGAGGGGCUUUUUUGGAGGGUAGUGCUUCAAGUCGUGAUGGGACAUACCUCUCAGCUCUGGAGAAUGUUGUUGUGGUGACCAUUCAGUAUCGUCUGGGAAUCUUUGGAUUCUAUAGUACAGGAGACGAAUAUGCCAGAGGGAAUUGGGGUUACUUAGACCAAGUGGCUGCGCUCCGCUGGAUCCAGAAGAACAUUGGUAAUUUUGGAGGAGACCCGAGCUCAGUAACCAUCUUUGGUACAUCAUCAGGAGGUAUCUGUGUCUCAGCACUGAAAUUUUUCAAGAUGGAUUUCCUAGGAGAUCCCACAGAGAAAAUUGUGUUACCACCUACAGUCGUGGAUGGGAUAUUUUUCCCCAAAAGUCCCAAAGAACUCCUCGCUGAAAAGCAGUUCAAUCAUAUCCCCUACAUCAUUGGAAUCAACAGUCAUGAAUUUGCCUGGAGCCUUCCAUCUAUGGCAGGAUUUCCUCUAUCAGAAGACAGACUGGACCAAGAAACAGCAACAGCUCUAUUAUGGCAAUCUUACCCAUUUCUUAAAAUCCCCAAACACCUUACUCCUAUAGUGACUGAGAGGUAUCUUGGAGUGACACAAGAUCCUAUUAAAAAGAAAGAACUAUUUCUGGAGAUGAUGGGAGACUUGAACUUUGGAAUUCCAUCUGUAAUGGUGGCUCGAUUUCACAGAGCUUCUGGUGCACCUACCUACAUGUAUCAAUUUCAGCAUCAGCCAAGCUUUGGGAGAAACAUGACACCAGUGACUAGAAGGGCAGAUCAUGGGGAUGAAGUUUUCUUUGUCUUUGGGAUUCCACUUACAAAUGAGCGUUUCCCAGAAGAGGAAAAACAACUUAGCAGAACAAUGAUGAAAUACUGGGCCAACUUUGCUCGAAAUGGAAACCCCAAUGAUGAUGUCCUGCUAAAGUGGCCUGUGUAUGAUAAGAAUGAAGAGUACCUUCAAAUUGACAUCACCAUGAAGACAGCCAAGAAACUAAAGGAUAAAGAAGUAGCAUUUUGGACGGAGCUGUUAGCAGAGAAGCCAUUUGGAGUAAAGAGAGAGAAUGCAGAUACAAUUUGAAAAGUUCUACUUUUCUUUUUUCCUCUAUGAAACUAGAUAAGAAGAUCUUUCAGACUUGAAAUGGGUAUCUGGUAAUUUGGUGGGGAGAAACUUUUAAACAUGGAGGAGGACUGGUCUUCAUGGGACUAGGGUCAUGUAGAACCAAUCAAAUAUCAACACAAUGAGUAACUAUAUACAAAAGCUCUUUUCAAGGGACAUUAUAAGAUUGAUUUUUUUUUCCAGGAUGCUUCAAAGAACUAGCUUUCUUUGGUUGGAAGUUUACUCUAGAUUGUAUUAAAUGAAAUCCACUUUAUUUAUGAUUCUUGCUACCUAUGACAGAUUUUUUGUUUUUGCCAUGGAAAUAAGUGCACUUUUGAAAUAAGAUUGAAUUUAUAUGUGAUUUCUAAUCAGGACCUCUAUCUGCUAUAUUGUUUUCAAGGACUGAGGUCACAGAAUAAUGUAGGGCUUGAGACUUUUAAUGAUACAUAUAAUAAUUUUUAUUGUACAAUGUAACUGAGCUUCAUCAAAAGAUGCAGAGAUCCAAUCCAAGACAAGUCCCUUGA